ACCGGCCGUAGAUAAAGCAGAGCUCCGGGCCGCGGCGCAGGCAGCGGGAGUGGGCUCACCUGCCGCAGGUGCCCGGGGCGGACCCGACCUGGACCCUGGACGAGCGAGGACCGGCACUGCGGGAAGAUGCUGCGCGAGCGGACCGUGCGGCUGCAGUACGGGAGCCGCGUCGAGGCGGUGUACGUGCUGGGCACUUACCUCUGGACCGAUGUCUACAGCGCAGCCCCAGCCGAGGCCCAGACCUUCAGCCUGAAGCACUCAGAGCGCGUGAGGGUGGAGGUGGUGCAUGAUGGGCAGGCCGAGGAGGUGGCCACCAACGGCAAACAGCGCUGGCUUCUGUCACCCAGCACCACGCUGCGGGUCACCAUGAGCCAGGCGAGUGCCGAGGCCAGCAGUGACAAGGUCACCGUCAACUACUACGAGGAGGAGGGGAAUAUGCCCAUUGACCAGGCUGGGCUCUUCCUCACGGCCAUUGAGAUCUCCCUGGAUGUGGAUGCAGACCGGGACGGCAUGGUGGAGAAGAACAACCCAAGAAAGGCAUCCUGGACCUGGGGCCCUGAGGGUCAGGGGGCCAUCCUGCUGGUGAACUGUGACCGAGACACGCCCUGGCUGCCCAAGGAGGACUUGAAUGAUGAGAAGGUCUACAGCAAGGAAGACCUCAAGGACAUGUCCCAGAUGAUCCUGCGGACCAAAGGCCCUGACCGCCUCCCUGCCGGCUACGAGAUAGUUCUCUACAUUUCCAUGGCCGACUCGGACAAAGUGGGCGUGUUCUACGUGGAGAACCCGUUUUUCGGCCAGCGUUACAUCCACAUCCUGGGCCGGCGGAAGCUCUACCACGUGGUCAAGUACAAAGGCGGCUCCGCGGAGCUGUUGUUCUUUGUCGAAGGCCUGCGUUUUCCCGACGAGGGCUUCCCAGGCCUGGUCUCCAUCCACGUCAGCCUGCUGGAGUACAUGGCCGAGGAGAUUCCCCUGACGCCCAUCUUCACGGACACCGUGAUAUUCCGGAUUGCUCCGUGGAUCAUGACCCCCAACAUCUUGCCUCCCAUAUCAGUGUUCGUGUGCUGCAUGAAGGACAAUUACUUGUUCCUGAAAGAGGUGAAGAACCUGGUUGAGAAAACCAACUGUGAACUGAAGGUCUGCUUCCAGUAUGUAAACCGAGGUGACCGCUGGAUCCAGGAUGAAGUUGAGUUUGGCUACAUAGAGGCCCCCCACAAAGGCUUCCCUGUGGUCCUGGACUCCCCCCGAGAUGGAAACCUGAAGGACUUCCCAGUGAAGCAGCUUCUGGGCCCAGAUUUUGGCUACGUGACCCGGGAGCCCCUCUUUGAGCCUGUCACCAGCCUUGAUUCCUUUGGGAACCUGGAGGUCAGUCCACCAGUGACUGUGAAUGGCAAGACAUACCCCCUGGGCCGGAUCCUCAUCGGGAGCAGCUUUCCUCUGUCCGGCGGUCGGAGGAUGACUAAGGUGGUGCGGGACUUCCUGCAGGCCCAGCAGGUGCAGGCGCCUGUGGAGCUCUACUCGGAUUGGCUGACCGUGGGCCACGUGGACGAGUUCAUGACCUUCGUCCCCAUCCCGGGCACAAAGGAAUUCCGGAUGCUCAUGGCCAGCACCUCAGCCUGCUACAAGCUCUUUCGAGAGAAGCAGAGGGAGGGCCAUGGGGAGGCCAUCAUGUUCAAAGGCUUGGGAGGGAUGAGCAGCAAGCGAAUCACCAUCAACAAGAUUCUAUCCAAUGAGAGCCUCGUGCAAGAGAACCAGUACUUCCAGCGUUGCCUGGACUGGAACCGUGACAUCCUCAAGAAGGAGCUGGGGCUGACAGAGCAGGACAUCAUCGAUCUGCCCGCUCUGUUCAAGAUGGAUGAGGACCGCCAGGCCAGAGCCUACUUCCCAAACAUGGUGAACAUGAUUGUGCUCGACAAGGACCUGGGCAUCCCUAAGCCGUUCGGGCCCCAGGUGGAGGAGGUGUGCUGUCUGGAGACGCACGUGCGCUCCCUGCUGGAGCCCCUGGGCCUCUGUUGCACCUUCGUGGAUGACAUCUCCGCCUACCACAAGUUUCUGGGGGAGGUGCACUGCGGCACUAACGUCCGCAGGAAGCCCUUCUCCUUCAAGUGGUGGCACAUGGUGCCCUGAGCUGUGGGGGGCUGUGCUGUGCGGGUCUCAGCCUGUCACUAACCAGGAUUGUGGUGGGACCGGCCCUCGUGGUUCUUACAAUUGCAAGACACCCUUCAGCAAUAAUGGUCAGGAAACUUGGGGAGGGGGGGAAGGAUGAUUAUUUCCAGGACCUGGAAAUUGCACAGCACACCUGGGGCCACAUAGCAAAGUUGCAGGGAGAGAGAGAUGGCACAGGCCUGGGGUUCUGCUUUUUGGGGGGGUCAAGGGUGGGGGCCAGGGCUUUUGCGGGCUCCUUCUUUAUUGGUGAAUUUAAAACAUAAAAGCAGGAAUGUAAAACUCAGGAUGAGGAAAAUCAAGGGGCCCAAAUGGUCAGCUUUAGAAACCAGCCAAGAUUUCUAAAACAAAGGAGCCUGGGGGAGGAGGAAGCCUGGACUUUAAUCUAGUCCUGUGGCUGGCAACGUGCUUAUUGGAGAUAGCUUGCUUUGAAAUGGAUACCUCAGCAAUCAAAGCCCAAAUCAGGCACUUGCAUUACCAAAAAGAGAAAACACAACGGUCGGGCUUCAGGGGCCUUGGCAUGUCUCUCCUCCCUUCCUUCUCCAGACCCCUGGCACCAACCCCCCCCCACAAGAGCUUUCCCCCUGCCUGGCAAGGACUUGACAAGGCCUGGACUGCCCCGCCGCCCCCACCCCCGGAGGCCUCCGGGAAGGGGGUAGGGAUUUGGGAUAUCUGUACUUUGCCAUCUCUCAGAAGGACCCCAGCGUCCACCAAAGUCACCUCUGAUGAGUCUCAACUUGGUCCUUCCUGAAAAUAGCUGUGCAUUUGGUUAGUGUCUGUCUAGCCCUGACACGAAAAACAAAGAAACAAAAACUCUGUACCCAAACCAUUCCCCAAAGAGUCCUUAGUCUCUUGUCCAAAAUUGAAGGAAGGGAGAAGGGAAGAAGGUUCUGGAGGCUCUGGGAUCGCCAGCUCCGGCAGCCAUGCCCUGAAGGUCAAGGUAGAUACCAUGGAAAGGGACCCUGGGGCCCCAGACGUACCU